GAAACUUCAUUGGACAGACCAACACACGCCUUUCGCCAACCCGAAACAGCACAACACAAGACAAGGUAAUCCCUCCAUGUGUGUGUGAUUGGGCCAACAGUAAGCAUGCUGACAGCCCAGAGAGCAUGUGCAUCGAUGGCUGCUCGCCGCCUGGUUAGAGCUUCUGUGACCUCAGCACACAUACACCGCUCUCUGAUACAUACCUCCGCAUCGUGUCAGGAUCGGGCCGAACUGCACACAGAAUGGGCCAACCUGGCUAAGAAACAGCUGAAGGGGAAGAACCCGGAAGAUCUGAUCUGGCGCACUCCCGAAGGAAUCAACAUCAAGCCUGUGUACACUAAAGCAGACUCAGCCGACAGUGCAGAUGAAUUGCCUGGAGUGUUUCCGUACACUAGAGGGCCCUAUCCUACCAUGUACACCUACAGACCCUGGACUAUCAGACAGUAUGCUGGCUUUAGUACUGUCGAGGAGAGCAACAAGUUCUACAAGGAUAACAUUAAAGCUGGACAACAGGGUCUCUCCGUCGCUUUUGACCUGCCUACCCAUCGCGGUUAUGACUCAGACAACCCACGAGUUCACGGAGAUGUCGGCAUGGCUGGAGUCGCCAUAGACACAGUUGAGGACAUGAAGAUGCUUUUUGAUGGAAUCCCUCUGGAGAAAAUGUCUGUUUCUAUGACAAUGAAUGGAGCGGUUAUCCCUGUGUUGGCGAUGUUUAUUGUGACUGGAGAGGAGCAGGGUGUGCCCUUAGCCAAACUAACUGGCACAAUUCAAAACGACAUUUUGAAGGAGUUUAUGGUGCGUAACACGUAUAUUUUCCCCCCGGAACCUUCGAUGCACGCCAUUGCAGAUAUCUUUGCCUAUACCUCCAAGAACAUGCCCAAGUUCAACUCCAUAUCCAUCAGUGGCUACCAUCUUCAGGAGGCUGGAGCUGAUGCCAUCCUUGAAGUGGCCUACACCAUCGCUAACGGCCUGGAGUACUGCCGCACUGGUCUGAAAGCAGGCUUAACCAUCGAUGAGUUUGCCCCAAGGUUGUCUUUCUUCUGGGGUAUUGGAAUGAAUUUCUACAUGGAAAUAGCCAAGCUGAGGGCAGGCAGGAGAUUGUGGUCCACGCUCAUUAAAGAGAACUUCCAGCCCAAGAAUGCCAAGUCUCUCCUCCUCCGCACUCACUGUCAGACAUCAGGCUGGUCUCUCACUGAACAAGACCCUUACAAUAACGUGAUCCGGACUGUGAUUGAAGCCAUGGCGGCUGUGUUCGGGGGCACCCAGUCGCUCCACACCAACUCAUUUGACGAAGCUCUGGGCUUGCCCACAGUGAAGAGCGCUCGCAUCGCCAGGAACACCCAGAUCAUCAUCCAGGAAGAGUCAGGCAUCCCGAAGGUCGCUGAUCCAUGGGGGGGCUCACACAUGAUGGAAACUCUCACGGAUGACGUCUACAACACAGCCUUAAAGUUCAUUAAAGAGAUCGAAGAGGUGGGAGGCAUGGCCAAAGCUGUGGCAGAGGGAAUUCCUAAACUUCGCAUUGAGGAAUGUGCUGCACGUAGACAGGCCCGCAUUGACUCAGGAUCAGAGGUUAUUGUCGGGGUAAACAAGUACCGUCUGGAGAAGGAGGAGAGUGUGGAGGUGUUGGCCAUAGAUAAUACUGUUGUACGUCAGAAACAGAUUGAAAAACUGAUAAAGGUGAGGGAAAGUCGAAACCCAGAGGCAGCAAAGAAGUGCUUGACUGCCAUUGAGGAGUGUGCUCGAACCAGGGAGGGCAACCUCUUAGCCCUGGCUGUGGAGGCAGCGCGAGCCAGGUGUUCUGUUGGUGAAAUAACCGAUGCGAUGAAGACAGUGUUUGGCGAACACAAGGCCAGCACCAGGAUGGUCAGCGGAGCGUACCGCAGCGAGUUUGGCGAGCAUGAAGAAAUCUCCUUAGCCCACAAUAGAGUUGCAGAAUUUAAGAAGCACGAGGGCAGGAACCCUCGACUGCUGGUGGCAAAGAUGGGGCAGGACGGCCAUGAUAGAGGUGCCAAAGUCAUCGCCACUGGAUUUGCUGACUUGGGCUUUGAUGUUGACAUUGGACCACUUUUUCAGACUCCGCUCGAGGUUGCCCAGCAGGCGGUUGACGCAGACGUUCACUGUGUUGGAGUCAGCACACUUGCCGCAGGACAUAAGACCCUGGUCCCAGAGCUCAUUAAGGAACUGCGGAAACUCAACAGGCCAGAUAUCCUGGUCAUCUGUGGAGGUGUCAUCCCACCUCAGGACUACGAGUUCUUGUACCACAGUGGUGUCUGCGCCAUCUUCGGCCCAGGAACCAGGAUCCCACAAGCUUCGAUGGAGGUUAUCGACAAUAUUGAGAAGAGCCUGGAAAACAUCCGGCAGGCCAUGUGAACUUAAGAGGAAAAACUAAUCUUUCCAUUCAAACAAAGAAGUGGGGAGUGGGAACCCAAACUUCUUGCUGUGUGUUGACAAUUUCACAGCAUGUACAGCAAUCCACACAAUCAAGCAGUUUUUGGAGUGGCAUGGUUGUAUUAAGUUUGAUUUUUUUCUGUAUAUUAAAAUAGUUUGCUAUUUUCUGUUAACUCAUGAGACAAGAUCACAAAAGGUAGUAUUUUGUUCUGCUCAUUGAUUGCUAUCACUCAAAACUUUUUUACCUCUUUGAUCAAUACUAGUUUAACAGGAAAGACUUCAAUGUGUGUGAUAUAAAUGAGACUAUGUUUAGACCUCAAAGCAUACCCACAUGUAAAAAAAAAAAAGCAAAAAUCACACUACAACAUAGUGUUUUGGGUUUUUUUGGGUCAUCUGCUUUUAGCUAGGAGGGUCUAACAAUGUCAGUGUAAUGGAGAUGAUAGACAGACUUUCACAUCACAACAACAACAAAUACCCCUGCCUUUUACGUUCACGGAUAUUAUCUUCAAAGUGGCCUUGUGUGGUUUUGAUCUCUUGCCUCUGUGCAUCAUGUUACAUUUAACCCGCUCUCGUUCAAGGAGAAAACCACAGAACAGUGAUUGCAAUGUAUGAAAAAGCUGGAGAUAGUAUUUUUCUACUGGUGAUUCUGAAUCAGAUGUAGUGAUCUGUGCUCUAAAAUAAAGUAUGUGAAC